AUCGGGUGGUGGAGGAAAGGAGAGCGGGGAGGCAGCACAGCAGCGGGCACAGGUGAGGGACCCUCCGGCUGACCUGGUGAGACCCCCAGGCCUGGGGCUGCUCCACAUCCCACCACACUCCUUUAGGGAUUGAUGCCUGGAUUCAUCCCGGUACCUGGGUGCUUCCUGGUGAGAACCAGCUUGGAACGGAGAGAAGACCCCAGAUUUUGGGGGGACGGCAAAAUGGAGUCCUUCUCCUUCAAUGGGGAUCUCUCCAACUUCUUCUUCCUCUAUAACUACACCUAUGACUACAGCACGGCCAUGCCUGACACCGCUAUCUCCUCUGCCCCGUGCCGGCCUGACAGCUCCGUCCUCAACAAGUACCUGGUGGUGGUGAUCUACUGCCUGGUCUUCAUCCUCAGUGUGGUGGGGAAUGGGCUGGUGGUGCUGGUGGUGACCUCCAGCCACACCAACCGCUCCGUCACCGACGUCUACCUGCUCAACUUGGCCGUGGCAGACCUGCUCUUUGCCCUCAGCCUGCCACUCUGGGCUGCCUACCGAGCCCACGAGUGGGUCUUUGGCACUGUGCUGUGCAAAGCCGUCUCCGUGCUGCAGGAGGCCAACUUCUACAGCGGCAUCCUGCUGCUGGCCUGCAUCAGCGUGGACCGCUACCUGGCCAUCGUCUAUGCCACCCGGGCUGCCACUGAGAAGAGGCACUGGGUGAAGUUUGUCUGCAUGGGCAUAUGGGUCUUUUCCGUGCUGCUCUCCCUGCCCAUGCUGCUCUUCCGUGAGGCCUUCGUCUCGCCCAGCAACGGCACCGUGUGCUACGAGCGCAUCGGUGGCGAGGACACGGCCAAGUGGCGCGUGGUGCUGCGGGUCCUGCCGCAGACCUUCGGCUUCGCGCUGCCCCUCCUCGUCAUGCUCUUCUGCUAUGGCGUCACCAUCCACACCCUCCUGCAGACCAAGAACGCCCAGAAGCAGCGGGCCAUGAAGGUCAUCUUUGCCGUGGUGCUGGUCUUCCUCAUCUGCUGGCUGCCCUACAACAUCACGUUGGUGAGUGACACCCUCAUGAGGACACGGGCCAUCGCUGAGACCUGCGAGAGGAGGAACCGCAUCGACAUGGCCCUCUCCGUCACGCAGGUCCUGGGCUUUGCCCACAGCUGCAUCAACCCCAUCAUCUAUGCCUUCAUCGGGCAGAAGUUUCGCAACAGCUUCCUCAAGAUCCUGGCGCAGCGCGGGCUCAUCAGCAAGGAUGCCGUGGCCCGCUACGGCCGUGCCUCCUAUGCAUCCACCUCUGGCAACACCUCCACCACCCUCUGAGCCCUGCUGGCACCCAACCCUUGUGGCUCCCAGCAGGCCCCAGUACCCCACACACCCCAGCAUCCUCACCCAGAGCCCUUGGAUGCAGGCAGCGAUGCCACAGGGAUGGGCAGGGCCACUGUUGGGUGCCGGACUCUGUCUGGAAGGGGGCUUGGGAAGCUGGGGAGUAGGACCUCAUUGCCAGGAGAGUAAUGCCAAGAACCACUCACUCUCCCUGAAUUUGAGGCAGAAUCUGUGGCUUCAGGGACUCUGCAAGCCUACUGUGGGGAUGGUGUUCAUGGCUGAUGGCCAUCCAGCAAUAAAGGAGUU